AUGAAUAUUUUAAGAAGUUGUUUAAUUGGUGGUGGUCUUUUAAUUGUCGUUUUAAUAAUAUCAGCUAUAACAUAUUAUUUAAGUUUGGGUCCUUGUCCUACGGGUACAUUUUCUUGUGAUAAUGGUACAAUAUGUGUCCUUCAAAGGCAAAUAUGUGAUUCAUAUAGAGAUUGUUAUGAUGGUAGUGAUGAAAAUGAAUGUGGUCUAUUUCAUGGUGAUACAAGAUUAACUCGUAUGAUUGUGCAAAGAUUAAUGUCAGCUAUAAAUGAUUCAACAAAUUUAGAUAAAAGAGGAAAAUUACAUGAUUGUGGUAUUACGAAUUAUCCCGAAAGCUGUCAAUGUAAACAAAAAAUGAUAUAUUGUGCCUCAAAUGGUUUAAAUAAAAUUCCAGAAGUUAGUUUAGAGGUCAGUCAUUUCCUUAUAAUUGGAAAUAAUAUAACAUUGGAAAAGGAUUCCCUCCCGUACACAAAUCUAGUUCAUUUAAAACUAAAGGAUUGUAACAUAUCAGAUAUCCCAAAUGGUUUAUUCUUAAAAUUGAAUCAUUUAGAAAAAUUAUAUUUAAAUUAUAAUAACAUUAAAAAUUUAUCAGAAAAUAUAUUUAAAGGAUUAAAUAAAUUAAUUUGGUUAUUUUUAAAUUCAAAUCAAAUAAAAUUUAUUCCAAUGGAAAUAUUUUAUGAUAUACCAUUAAUAUCAUGGAUUAAUCUAACUGAUAAUAGACUGACUUUAUAUAAUAGUAAUUUUCCAACAAUGAAUAAUUUAGAUGAAUUAUUAUUAGAUUAUAAUUUAAUUGAAGAAGUCAAUGAGAAUACAUUUAAGAAUCUUAUUAAUUUAGAACAUUUGAGCCUACAAUAUAAUCGUAUACGAUAUGUAGAUGAGAAAGCAUUUUGGAAUUUAGAAAUAUUACGAGAUUUACGUCUGACUGGAAAUCCGUUGACAAAAUUAUCAGAUAAUACAUUUUUAAGAACAUCUCUUUUGGAUGCACUAUAUCUUGGUAGAACCAGCUUAUAUAUAACACCAAAACUAUUACAUUAUUUAAAUGUAUCCUAUUUAAAUAUUGAAAAAACAAAUUUCGAUACAAAUAUUAUUUUUAUUUAUAUUAAUCGUAUCGAAAAUCUUAAAUAUAUUGUAUUCGAUCGAUUCUAUUAUUGUUCAAUGACACCGCAUAUAAAAAAAUGUAAACCAAAUACUGAUGGUGUUUCAUCGAUAACUGAUUUAAUAUCGAAACCGGUAUUACGUUAUUCAACAUUAUUAAUGGCAACAUUAACAUUCAUUGGUAAUACAUUGGUAAUAUUUUGUCGUUUUAUUUAUCGUGAUGAAAAUCGAUCUGUUACAUUAGUUAUCAGAAAUUUAGCAAUUUCAGAUGUAUUAAUGGGAUUUUAUUUACUUGUUAUUGGUAUACAGGAUUUACGUUAUCGUAAUCGAUAUCAUGAAAUUGCUAAAGAUUGGAUAUCAUCAUGGUAUUGUGUUAGUAUUGGUAUAUUAGCUGUUAUAUCAUCAGAAGUAUCAAUAAUGAUAUUAACAUUUAUGUCAUUUGAACGUUUCUUUUUAAUUGCAAAUCCAUUUAAAAGUUAUAAACGUAUGAAAUUAAGUCAUGUAUCAUUUGCAAUGUUUUUAAUAUGGUUUAUUGGUAUUUGUAUUGCAAUAACACCAAUAAUAAUAUGGAGAUCAAGAAUGAAAAUAUUUGGUACAUAUUCUGGAAUGUGUUUUCCAUUGCAUAUACAAGAACGUUUUUCAAUUGGUUGGGAAUAUUCAGCAUUUAUAUUUUUAGGAUUAAAUUCAUUUUUAUUAAUUUUAAUAACAAUAUUAUAUACAGCAUUAUUAUUAUCGAUAUUAAAAACAAGAAAACAAGCACCAUGCUCUAUAUUGGAUUGUGAAUUUGCGAUAAGAUUCUUUUUUAUUGUUCUAACAGAUGUUACAUGUUGGGCGCCAAUAAUUUUUAUGAAAAUAAAAGUUUUUUUAACUUUUGAAAUUUCUGACGACAUUUAUGCAUGGCUGGUAGUAUUCGUUUUACCAUUAAAUUCAGCUGUUAAUCCAUUUUUAUAUACGUUUACAACACCAAAAUAUCGAAAUCAAAUUUUUGUAAAUGGUUGGAAUAAAAUAACAGCGGCAAGAAGAAAAACUGCAUCAUCAGGAACAGGAUCAAAUCCAGAAGAGACACAAGGAAGAAUAAUACAUCAUUUGAAUAGGAGCAGUUCAAAUUCAAAUCCAAGUUGAUGAUCAAUUGAAUUAAUUAAUAUUCAAACUUUGAAACCCCAAUAACAACAAUAUACAAUGAAAAAAGAAAAACG